CUUCGUUCCCUUCGACUAUACCUUACUCCUCAACGCCCUCCACAUAGCUUAACACUCGCCAUCAGCGUACAGCUAUGUCCAUCUCUCUGGACGUCGAGAAGCUUCCAACAAGCGAUAGUAGCAGCGAAAAAACAGUCGCACCCGAAGCACCUCCGGACGACAAGGGUGGCAUGCCGCUACCACAGGACACGGAGCGUACAGGUGUUGUCGAAUCUUCACCGGAGCACGAGAAGGCGAACGAGCCGAUCCGAACACGAGACUUUGGCUUUCUUCCUAUACCAAAGAAGCAGCGGCAUGACCCAAAUGUUGGGUUCAAGUUCACAACCCUUCUUAAUGCCGUGUUUGGUGUUGCCAGCACCUUCACAGUAGCGAAUCUGUACUACUCCCAGCCAUUGCUCAUCGAACUUGCGAACGACUUUGGGACAUCGUACGAUCGCAUCUCCAAUGUCCCGACCUUGACACAAGCUGGUUACGCAGCCGGCCUCCUCUUCGUAACACCCCUCGGGGAUAUGAUUCGGAGACGGGAACUUCUCCUUGCGCUCCUAGUAUGUGCCGGGUCGCUGACGAUCGGCCUGGCUGCAACAAAGUCUCUCGAACUCUUUGAAGCGCUCUCAUUCCUCUCCGGUAUUGCAGCCGUAACGCCGCAAGUCAUGCUCCCCUUUGCAGCAGACUUAGCCCCCCCGCAUAAGCGCGCGUCUGCAAUCUCGAUCGUCUUAUCUGGCCUGCUGCUGGGUAUUCUCAUCGCUCGAGUACUGGGCGGGAUCAUCGGAGAGUUUUCGAGUUGGCGGAAUGUAUAUUGGAUGUCGGUUGGGCUUCAUUUCCUCAUCUUGAUCGUUCUCUACUUUGUGUUACCCGACUUCCCCGACAAAGGCCUCAACCUGUCAUAUUGGCAAAUUUUAUUCAGUAUGGCCAAGUUUGCUGUCACGGAGCCAGUCCUCAUCCAGUCCUGCAUGAUUGGCCUGGCCUGCAGCUCGGUCUUCUCUUGCUUCUGGGUCACCCUCACUUUCUUGCUCGGCGGAGAACCCUAUAACUACAAUACUUUGGCUAUUGGUCUAUUCGGUCUGAUUGGUAUGCUUGGUGUUAUGACUUCACCUUUUGUUGGACGGUUCGUCGACAAACUGAUUCCGUGGUUCGGCACUCUGUUCGGCCUUCUCGGCUUGUUGCUUUCUUUUACCAUAUAUACUGGAGCUGGAAUCGUUAACAUUGGUGCUAUUGUUGUCACUUGCUUCACUCUUGAUGUUGCACAACAGCUCCAGCAGGUCAGCAACAGCACCCGCAAUUUUGCGAUCAAUCCCGCGGCUCGUGCCCGUAUCAAUUCGGUGUACAUCAUCUCUGUGUUCUUGGGUCAAGUUAUCGGGUCUUCCGUUGGCAGUCGCAUUUUCUUGCAGUACGGUCAACGUGCUGCGGGUGGCUUCUGUCUUGCACUAAUCGGAUUCGCAUUGUUCGCUCUCUUGGUGCGGGGACCCACGGCAAAGACUUGGAUUGGUUGGACUGGAGACAUCAAGAGCAUCAGGCGGCAGCCAGUGCCGAACCAUAACGAUGUGGAGAGGCAAGCACCCCCGCCGUCGGAGCAUCGACCAGUGCCAGUGCCUCAGGAACCAAACACCGCAGAGGACCAUGCACUCGCGGAUGAGCCUGAAGAUGAAACGACGACGGGAACCACUCAACCUGCGGAAGAACAUAGAGCAUCCGCGUGA